AUGCCUGUUACUCCGAACCUCUGACCAGCUCUAGCGAGUAAAAUUGGUAACAAUGCCUCCCAGAUGUGUGGAACUGUCCCUGGAGCUGUAGCCCUUCGCCACCAUCUCUAUCUCCUUCCUUCUGAGGGAUCCUGAAAUCUCUGUCAUGGAAAAGUACCACGUGUUGGAGAUGAUUGGAGAAGGCUCUUUUGGGAGGGUGUACAAGGGUCGAAGAAAAUACAGUGCUCAGGUGGUGGCCCUGAAGUUCAUUCCAAAAUUGGGACGCUCAGAGAAAGAGCUGAGGAAUCUGCAACGAGAGAUUGAAAUCAUGCGGGGUCUGCGGCAUCCCAAUAUUGUGCAUAUGCUUGACAGCUUUGAGACUGACAAAGAGGUGGUGGUGGUGACAGACUAUGCUGAGGGAGAGCUUUUUCAGAUCCUAGAAGAUGACGGAAAACUUCCUGAAGAGCAGGUUCAGGCCAUUGCUGCCCAGUUGGUGUCAGCUCUGUACUAUCUGCAUUCCCACCGCAUCCUCCACCGAGACAUGAAGCCUCAGAACAUCCUCCUUGCCAAGGGUGGUGGCAUAAAGCUCUGUGACUUUGGAUUUGCCCGGGCUAUGAGCACCAACACGAUGGUGCUGACAUCCAUUAAAGGCACACCACUCUACAUGUCUCCAGAGCUGGUAGAGGAACGACCAUACGACCACACCGCAGACCUCUGGUCUGUGGGCUGCAUACUGUAUGAGCUGGCUGUGGGCAUUCCUCCCUUCUAUACCACGAGCAUCUUUCAGCUGGUCAACCUCAUUCUCAAGGACCCUGUGCGCUGGCCCCCCACCAUUAGUCCUUGCUUCAAGAACUUCCUUCAGGGACUGCUCACCAAGGACCCCCGGCAGCGUCUGUCCUGGCCAGACCUCUUACAUCACCCCUUUAUUGCUGGUCGUGUCACCAUACUAACUGAGUCAGCAGGCCCAGAUUUGGGCACCCCAUUCACCAGUCGCUUACCCCCAGAACUUCAGGUCCUAAAGGACCAACAGGCACAUCGUCUGGCCCCCAAGGGCAAUCGAUCUUGCAUCUUGCGGCAAGCCUGUAAGCGCAUGGCUGAAGAGGCCAAGCAGAAGAAACACCAGAACACAGGACCUGCCCUCGAGCAAGAGGACAGGACCAGCAAGGUGGCUUCUGGCACAGGCUCUCUGCCCAGACUAAAGGCCACUCCUCAGGAACCAAGCCUCUUGACUGGGGUCUUAGGCUCAGAAAUGAAGAGCAGCUGGGCUGAGUGGAGGGCUGGAGAAGCUCCCCCUGCACCUUGGGCAAACUGGAUCACCCAGGAUUGUGAGCAAGCAUUCCCAGAGCUGAGGCCAGGGGUGGUGGGCCAGCAGAGCCUUGAUGCAGUGGACCUAGAAAAUGAGGAGCCAGACAACGAUGACGAUGAGUGGCGGCACCUGCUGGAGACCGCUGAGCCUGUGCCCGUUCAACUGAAGGCCCCUCUCGCCCUGCUGUGCAAUCCCGACUUCUGCCAGCGCAUCCGGAGUCAGCUGCGCGAGGCUGGGGGGCAGAUCCUGAAAGGCGUGCUGGAGGGCGCUUCCCACAUCCUUCCUGUGCUCCGGGUCCUGAGCAGUCUCCUCUCCAGCUGCGGUGACUCUGUUCCCUUGUACUCCUUCUGCCGUGAGGCAGGGCUCCCCCAGCUCCUGCUCAGCCUCCUCCGACACAGCCAGGAGAGCAGCAGUAUCCAGCAGCAAUGUUGGUAUGGGACCUUCUUACGGGACCUGAUGGCUGUGAUUCAGGCCUACUUUGCCUGCACCUUCAAUCUGGAGAGGAGCCAGACAGGUGACAGCCUACAGGUAUUUCAGGAGGCUGCCAACCUAUUUCUGGAGCUCUUGGGGAAACUACUGGCCCAACCAGAAGACUCCGAGCAGACUUUGCGGAAGGACAGCCUUAUGUGCUUUACUGUUCUGUGUGAAGCCAUGGAUGGGAACAGCUGGACCAUCUCCCGAGCUUUCUACUCCAGCCUGAUGACCACACAGCAGGCUGUGUUGGACGGGCUCCUUCAUGGCUUGACAGUUCCACAGUUCCCUUUCCACAGCCCCCCAGGAGCCCCCGAGGUGAGCCAGCCGCUUCGGGAGCAGAGUGGGGAUCUGCCUGGAGCCAUCGCCUCGGCACUGGCAGCCUUAUGCACUGCUCCUGUGGGGCUGCCUGGCUGCGGGGAAGCCAAGGAGCAGAUCUCUCGGCAUUUGGCAAACCAGCUCACUGAAGACAGCAACCAACUGAGGUCAUCCCUCAUCUCUGGCCUGCAGCAUCCCAUCCUGUGCCUACACCUUCUCAAGGUUCUCUACUCCUGCUGCCACGUCAGUAAGCCCCUGUGCCGUCUUCUAGGGCAAGAGCCUCUGGCCUUGGAGUCACUGUGGAAGUUGGUCCAGGGCAAGGUAAAGGUAGUGGAUUGGGAAGAGUCUGCUGAAGUGACACUGUACCUCCUCUCCCUUCUUGUCCUUCACCUCCAAGAUCUGCCUUCUGGAAUGGAGAAGCUAGGCAGUGAGGUUGCUACUGUCUUUACCCAUUCACACGUCGUCUCUCUUGUGAGCGCGGCAGCCUGUCUGUUGGGACAGCUUGGUCAGCAAGGGGUGACUUUUGACGUCCAGCCUGCGGAGUGGAUUGCAGCUGCCACACAUGCCCUGUCCGCCCCUGCGGAGGUCCGGCUGACCCCGCCGGGUGGCUAUGGGUUCUAUGAUGGCCUCCUCAUCCUUCUGCUGCAGCUGCUCACCCAGCAAGGGAAGGGUAAUCCAGUAAGCGUCGUGGCUAGCUCAGAAAUGUGGACUGUUCUGUGGCACCGCUUCUCCAUGGUGCUGAGGCUCCCUGAGGAGGCAUCUGUACAGGAAGAGGAGCUGUCACUGUCCAGUCCACAAAGCCUGGAGCCAGACUGGACACUGAUCUCACCCCAAGGCAUGGCAGCCCUGCUGAGCCUGGCCAUGGCCACCUUUACCCAGGAACCCCAGUUAUGCCUGAGCCACCUGUCUCAGCGUGGAAGUAUCCUCAUGUCCACCCUGAAGCAUCUGCUUUCGCCCAGCUUCCUGCAUCAACUGACCCAGGCGCCUCAAGGGCCUGAGUUUCUCCCCAUCGUGGUGCUCUCUGUCUGCCAGCUCCUCUGCUUCCCCUUCGCCCUGGAUGUGGACGCUGACCUCCUUGAAGGUGUCUUGGCUGACCUCACAGACUCAGAAGUCACAGCCCACCUGCUGCAGGUCUGCCGCCACCAUCUUCCACUGACACAAGCCGAGCUGCCCAUCGGUCUGCUCACACUCCUGGCCCUCUCGGAGCCCCCCUCUCUCAACCAGUUUGUGAGCACAGUAGCCUCCUGCCCUACAACCACCAUCUCAUUCCUCUCAGCUGCCCUCCUGGGUGACCAGCCACUGCUGACCUCUGACCUUCUCUCCCUCCUGGCCCACACCGCCCGGGUACUGUCUCCCAGCCAUUUGUCCUUUAUCCAAGAACUCCUGGCUGGCCCCGAUGAAUCCUAUCGGCCCCUGCGCAGCCUCCUGGGCCACCCAGAGAAUUCUGUGCGGGCCCGUACUUACAGGCUCCUGGGACACUUGUUCCAGCACAGCGGAGCCCUGCGCGGGGCCCUGCAGAGCCAGCUAGGACUACUCAACCUUCUGCUGCUGGGGCUUGGAGACAAGGACCCUGCUGUGCGGCACAGUGCCAGCUUUGCUGUGGGCAAUGCAGCCUACCAAGCUGGUCCCCUGGGGCCUGCCCUGGCAGCCGCGGUGCCCGGUAUGACCCAGCUGCUUGGAGAUCCUCAGGCUGGUAUCCGGCGCAAUGCCGCAUCAGCUCUGGGCAACUUGGGGCCUGAGGGUUUGGGGGACAAGCUGUUACAGUGCCAAGUACCCCAGCGGCUCCUAGAGGUGGCGUGUGGAGACCCCCAACUAAACGUGAAGGAGGCUGCCCUCAUUGCCCUCCGGAGCCUCCGACAGGAGCCUUGCAUCCAUCAGGUGCUGGUGUCCCUGGGUGCCAGUGAGAAAUUAGCCUUGCUCUCUCUGGGGAAUCAGUUACUGCCACAUAGCAGUCCCAGGCCGGCCUCUGCCAAACACUGCAGGAAACUCAUUCACCUCUUGAGGCCAACCCACAAUACAUGACCCCAGAUUCCUGGGGUCCAGCCUCCAACCUUCAUUGCCCUACUGUUGCCAACCCUUCCUUUUUCUGCUCUACAAGCCACCAACUCAACCAAGAGCUAAAGAGACUGAAAGAGAUAAGCUGCCAAUCAACUGAUUUGAGAACGAGAACCUAGAAGAGGUUUAUGUAUAAAGCUCCUUCUUUCCCCUAGAUUCAGGAUGAUUUCAGCCAGUAAACUUCACUGUUGUUGGUGCCAGAGGAGAUUCCUUUCUUCUCUACAUCAGGGGGUCUUUUCUCCAAUAAUGUGGCUUUAAACCCAAGGGACAUGCCUUCUGGACCUUAGGGAUACACCUUCUACCUGAGAGGUCUCUUCCUUUCUGGAGCUCCUGAAAUCUUCCCAGCAGGUUCUUGUUUUAGAUGCAGUGGUCCCAGGACAGUGAUGAAGACAGAGCUUGCCUCUAGGGGAUAGCCUGCUAUGGGGAUAAAUGCCAUCAGUCCCUGGUAUGGAGGGCUCCCCAGCCUGUAGCCCCCAUUCCCAUCCAUUGGUGGGGGUGGGAGUGUACCUUUUCUUUCUUCCUUCCUUCCUGCCUUCCCUUCCCUUUCCUCCCUUCCUUCUUUCCUUCCCUCCCUCCCUCCCUCCCUCCCUCUCUGCUUCCUUUUUACUUU